AUGGCUCGCCCAGUGCUGGGGAUUUGUAGGUUCACUGGGACGCGGGUGGAGGUGCCGGCGGGGCGGCAGCGCAAGGUGAAGUACCUGCUGCUGCAGUUCGCAGAUGGGUCGGCGAAACUCAGUGCGAAGCAGGCGAAACAAGUUCUUUACAGAUUUGGCAUCGCCGGUCCCCCGGGCCGCUCCCCUCCCUUGAGCAAGAUGAACGAUACGAGCUUGUGGGAGAGGCGGCAGGCGAAGGGCAAGGAGGCAGUGGAGCGCAUGGUGGGCGAGAUGAUGGACGUCUAUGUGAAGAGGUUGAGGCAGAGAAGGCCGGUUUACCCCAAGUUUGACGCGGAAAUGCAGCGGUUUGGCGAGUCGUUUGCUUACAAGCCAACCCCGGACCAGGAGCAGGCGUUUCUAGACGUGGAGAGGGACAUGUGUGAGAGGGAGACUUCGAUGGACCGCCUCGUGUGUGGCGAUGCUGUGCCGACUUCUUUCCCCCACUCCCCCACCUCCCUUCCGACCACACCACAGGCGUUUCUAGACGUGGAGAGGGACAUGUGUGAGAGGGAGACUUCGAUGGACCGCCUCGUGUGUGGCGAUGCUGUGCCGACUUCUUUCCCCCACUCCCCCACCUCCCUUCCGACCACACCACAGGCGUUUCUAGACGUGGAGAGGGACAUGUGUGAGAGGGAGACUUCGAUGGACCGCCUCGUGUGUGGCGAUGCUGUGCCGACUUCUUUCCCCCACUCCCCCACCUCCCUCCCCACCACACCACAGGCGUUUCUAGACGUGGAGAGGGACAUGUGUGAGAGGGAGACCCCCAUGGACCGCCUGGUGUGUGGCGAAGCUGUGCCGACUUCUUUCCCCCGCUCCUCCACCUCCCUACCCACCACGCAACAGGCGUUUCUAGACGUGGAGGGGCAUGUGUGCUACAUGUGUGAGAGCCCCAACCACAGUGCUGGCCAAGCAGCACUUCAAGGUCAUGUCUGCUCGCCUCAAGGACUCGAGUAUGCUCUGAGGCGUCACAAGCCUAAUAACCGCUCUGCUCCUCCCACUCUCCUUUCCCUUCAUCCUUUACUCCAGGCCAUGGUACUAGCCCCAACCACCGUGCUGGCCAAGCAGCACUUCAAGGUCAUGUCCACUCCCCUCAAGGACUAUGGCGUUUAUGCCAUGGUGCUGGCCCCAACCGCAGUGCUGGCCAAGCAGCAUUACAAGGUCAUAUCCGCGCGUCUCAAGGACUGUCAGGUGUUCCAACAAGGCAUUUCACGAUCAACUUUUCUCCCUUCUUCCUCCCUUCUUCCUCCCUUGUUCUCCCCUCCCUUCUCCCCCCUCCGCCAGGCCAUGGUGCUAGCCCCAACCACAGUGCUGGCGAAGCAGCACUUCAAGGUCAUAUCCGCGCGCCUCAAGGACUAUGGCGUUCGCGUGGCCCUUCUCUCGCGGUUCCAGAAGGAGAGUGAGAAGAAGGAGGUGCUGGCAGGGAUAAGGGACGGCACACUAGAUGUGGUGGCAGGCACACACUCUUUGCUGGGGGCGCAGGUGGUCUACCACAACCUGGGGCUGCUCGUCAUUGAUGAGGAGCAGCGCUUUGGCGUGCGGCAGAAGGAGCGAAUCAGCAGCCUCAAGACAAGCGUGGACGUUCUCACGCUGUCAGCUACUCCCAUCCCGCGCACGCUCUACAUGUCCAUGCACGGGUUCAGAGACGCCAGUCGCAUCACCACCCCACCUCCCGAGCGACAGCCCAUCGACACGCACCUCUUGGAGUUUGAUGUUGAAAAUGUCAAGAGAGCCAUAGGGGACGAGCUGGAGAGGGGUGGACAGGUGUUCUACGUGGUACCAAGGGUGGAAGGCAUAGAGGAGAUUCAGAUGCUUCUGGAGGAGCUCUUCCCUUCAGCCCGCGUUGACGUGGCACAUGGCAAGCUUCGUCCCACCGAUCUCGAAGCAGUGAUGGAGCGGUUUGGAGAGGGGGAAAUAGACGUGCUAGUAUGCACGAGCAUCAUAGAGAGUGGGAUUGACAUUCGCACCGUCAACACCAUUGUUAUUGAGGAUACCCACCUGUUUGGACUCGCACAGAUCUACCAGCUGCGAGGGCGAGUGGGUCGAUCGAGCAGCUCAGCUCACGCAUACCUCUUUCACCCACCCCUGCACUGCCUAACACCUGAAGCUCAGGAGCGUCUGAGAGCCCUGCAGCAGCACAGCGGAUUAGGCGAGGGGUACCUGCUGGCGCAGAGGGACAUGGACAUCCGGGGCAUUGGAGACGUGUUUGGGGAGCGGCAGAGCGGGGACGUGGGCGGUGUUGGUUACUAUCUGUUCAUGGAAAUGCUCCAUGAAACUCUUACGAGGGUGGAACAGAAGAGCCUGCCUCGAGUGCAAUUCAAGGAAGUGCGGCUGGACCUGCCUCUCGACCCUCUGCCCCCCAUCCCAGCAUCCUACGUGCCGGAUGCCGCUGUGAGGGCCAGGCUGCCCAGGGAAGCAGAGGAGGCAGCAGCAGAGGGCAUGGCGGCGCUGCUGGCGUUCUGUAAAGAGAUGCGCGCCGAGUAUGGGGACGAGCCUGCUGCAGUGGAGUUGCUCUUCAAGCAUCUGUUUGUGCGGCGCAUGGCAGCAGAUUUAGGCAUCUACCGCAUUCUUCAGAGGGAGCAGGGCACAACCAUUGUCAUGGAAACUGCCAUGAAGCUUCCGGCCUUUGAGAUCCUAAGGGACGCUGUGCAGCAGAAGGCUAUGCGUGAAAGCCUCUCCUUUCGAUCGGGAAGAAUAGAGCUGCAAGGAACAAAGCUUCUGUCGGCGGAAAGGGUAUUGGAGCGUGCACUGACCUGUCUGGCCCAGAUGCGCAACGCGCUUCCAUCAUUUGUGAAUUUCUUAUAA